UUCGGUUAUUAUGCGCAAGAAAAAGACAGGCUACGCAACUCUAGAGGUUGCUGCGCCGGGAUGUACAGGGGUUGGUAUCGUCCCAAGUCACCGGGCGGAAGUAUCUUUACUUGACUGGAUACCUGUUGAUAGUCGUCUCUGUGCGGUUUGGCUGGUAACGUAUGUGAAGGAGUCGCCCAAGCGGGAAGUUGAUAGGUGUCUGUUUACCGUGCCUGCCUACGCCCCAACUGACGGUAGCUCCGACUCCGUCAAAGACAAAUUUUACGACACCCUGAAUGCCCUGCUGCGACGAGCUAAAAGCUCAGACAUCUUGGUGAUUACCGGAGAUGUGAAUGUACAAGAUUCUACUACCCUGGUACUUGCUGAUUUGAAGAUUUUGUCCAGUGGGGAUCCGUCACCCGGGGGAUACCGUCGUCUGACUGAAAUAAGUAGCUCGGCCUUCUGGAGGAGUCGAAUCGUGUGGGGCCACUUCGUUCCGUUUGCUUCCGUCAGUAGCGCGAUUGGUGACAUUUUAAUAAGUGAUUCUUCGCUAGAUGGAUUCAUCCUGGCCGGGGAAGUGAACUCCUUGAAGAUAUUGUUCAAGCAAGUCGCCCACCAGACAGCCUACGCCUCCAGUUCUACCCCCAAGAGACCGCCUCCUCCUAAUCAGUCGAGUGCAAUAACAAAACCUCCAGCUGUGCACACCUAUUCAUGGGACUUUGCUCUCUCAGGUGUUCCAGUUGAACUCAACCGAAAAUAUUUUCCCGAUGCUGAACUCCUGCAUGACAUCCCCUGCAAGACGUUCGAAGAACUUGAACGAGAGUCUCCCGGUCAUCAUCCUUGGUUUUCGAAUAGUCGCAUCGGAUUUGCAGUACUGACUUCCGUAGUUUUCCGCUAUUUCAGCGACAAAACGACAAUGGAUCUUGCGCAUUCCGAUCCCGAAAUAAUGGAACUCUGUCACGCGGAAAAGCAAAGGCAGGUUCGCGGCCUUGAAUUGAUUGCUUCGGAGAAUUUUGCCAGUCGAGCGGUUUUACAAGCCCUAUCAUCGUCCUUUCACAACAAAUAUUCAGAGGGACAAAUCGGUGCGAGAUAUUACGCUGGCAAUGAAUUUGUGGACGCCAUGGAAUCAAUUUGCCAAGCACGUGCUCUGAAUUUAUUUCGCCUCGAUCCGAAGGAGUGGGGAGUAAACGUACAAGCACACAGCGGUUCACCCGCCAAUUUUGCUGUCUAUACCGCACUUGCUGGGCCCCACGGGCGCAUCAUGGGUCUGGACUUACCUGAUGGUGGGCACUUGACUCAUGGCUUUCAGGCAGCUUCCGGAAAAAAGGUUUCCGCAACAUCCCUGUUCUUUGAAUCCACCGCGUACAAGGUGGAUCCGCAAACUGGUCUUAUCGAUUAUGACAAGUUGGAGCUUGUUGCCGGCUGGUUUCGCCCGAAGGUCAUCAUUGCUGGUACCAGCGCUUAUUCGCGUCAGCUGGACUAUGAACGAUUCCGUCGGAUCGCCGACUCAGUCUCGGCAGUCCUCAUGGCCGAUAUGGCGCAUAUUUCUGGUCUCGUCGCCGCCGGCUUGCACCCAUCUCCGUUUGAUUACUGUGACGUUGUAACGACUACUACUCACAAGACGCUGCGUGGUCCUCGCGGGGCAAUGAUCUUCUACCGAAAGUACGCGCGUCAGCCACGGACGAAUGCGAAAUCGUCAUCUAACGGCGGCGUUGAGAAUGGUGCAUGCGGUGACCCGACACCCACCGGCUUUGAUCGUCUCAUCAAUGAGGCGGUCUUCCCCGGUUUGCAAGGCGGCCCACACAACAACUCAAUCGCUGCCUUGGCUGUGGCAUUGAAUGAGGCCGCCUCGCCUGAAUUCAAAGAAUACCAGAAGGAAGUCAUCUCGAAUAUGCAACAACUUUGCUCUUCACUUAUCAGCUAUGGAUACACGAUUGUCACCGGUGGGUCUGACACCCAUCUUUGUACCGUCGACUUACGACCACUGGGGAUUGAUGGUGCUCGUGCCGAGAAAGUGCUGGAACUUGCAGGUAUAACGACGAACAAAAACACCUGUCCAGGUGAUCUGAAUGCCUUGCGUCCGGGCGGUCUACGACUGGGCAGUCCUGCUCUCACGUCUCGUGGCUUGAAGUCGAAAGAUUUCGAAUAUGUAGCCUCUCUGGUUCACGACGGAAUUCAGUUGGCCUUGAGGGCAAAGAGCCAGACAUCCAGCAAGUUGCUCAAAGACUAUUUGCUUCUGGUGCUCGAUACAUUCGCCAAUGGAAGUCCCUGUUGCACAACCGGAAACACGCUUUCUGAUUGCCUCGCCACGGAUUCGCCGACACCUUCCCACACGAGGCAUGGUUCUGGGGCGACAGUCGUCGAACACCUGAAGAGUCUCAAUUCCGCCGCUCGAACAGGUCAAGUCUUACAGGCAUACAGGAAAACAGUCCUUGAUGCAACCUACGAGCGUAACAUGUCCGUUGAGAUUCAGGGAUUGGGUGGCGUGUUCAGUGACUGCAUGUCCACGAGUGUGACCUUACACUUUGUGCGUUCACAGUGCACACCAAAGGACGGGAUAACUUUGGUCAGUUCAUUGAAAAACACCUGCACCUUCACCUCCUCCUAG